AUGACCACUGCUCGUACACUUCUUGCCGUUGCCUCUGCACGCCACUGGUCUAUAUCUCAGCUUGAUGUUAAGAAUGCCUUUCUUAAUGGUGAGCUGCGUGAGGAGGUGUACAUGCAGCCACCACCUGGGUAUUCUGUUCCUGAUGGCAUGGUAUGUCGUCUUCGUCGCUCUCUCUAUGGCCUUAAGCAAGCCCCCCGCGCCUGGUUUGAGCGCUUUGCCUCUGUGAUCACUGCUGCUGGUUUUUCAGCAAGUGCUCAUGAUCCAGCAUUGUUUAUUCACCUUUCUCCUCAUGGUCGGACUCUUCUUCUUCUCUAUGUUGAUGACAUGAUCAUCACGGGGGAUGACCCCGAGUAUAUUGCCUUUGUAAAGGCCCGUCUUAGUGAGCAGUUUCUUAUGUCUGGUCUUGGAUCUCUUCGCUACUUUCUUGGGAUUGAAGUCUCUUCUACCUCUGAUGGCUUUUUUAUAUCCCAGGAAAAGUAUAUCCAGGAUCUUCUUGCUCGUGCUGCUUUUACUGACGAGCGCGUUGUUGAGACUCCUAUGGAGCUCAGUGUUCACCUUCGUGCUACUGAUGGUGAUCCUCUCCCUGACCCGACGCGUUAUCGUCAUCUUGUUGGCAGUCUUGUCUAUCUAGCUGUCACUCGUCCGGACAUCUCUUAUCCAGUUCAUAUUCUGAGUCAGUUUGUCUCUGCUCCCACCUCGGUUCACUAUAGUCAUCUCCUUCGUGUUCUCCGAUAUCUUCGAGGCACGAUCUCUCACCGUCUAUUCUUUCCUCGCUCCAGUUCUUUACAGCUUCAGGCCUAUUCGGAUGCUACGUGGGCUAGUGAUCCUUCAGAUCGCCGUUCACUUUCUGCUUACUGUGUUUUUCUUGGUGGUUCUCUCAUUGCCUGGAAGACGAAGAAACAGCUUGCAGUUUCCCGUUCGAGUGCCGAGGCUGAGUUGCGAGCAAUGGCUCUUUUGACGGCAGAGGUGACUUGGUUACGGUGGUUACUUCAGGAUUUUGGUGUUUCUGUCACUACACCGACUCUGCUCUUAUCCGACAGUACAGGAUCAGGUUAUUGCUCUACAGUAUGUGCCUUCCGAGUUACAGUUGGCGGAUUUCCUGACGAAGGCCCAGACUAGAGUACAACAUGGCUUUUAUCUCUCCAAACUCAGUGUUGUUCAUCCACCAUGAGUUUGAGGGGGGUGUUAGAGUUAUAAUAUAAGUCAUGUACCCCUUUGUAUUUAUCCCGUUGUAUAAGGGGUUUCCUGCAUAUGUUCCACACCUGUACAUGUAUAUAUAUUGGCCUAUGGCCUCAUGGGAAUACAAGUUGCUUAUUCCUAACAGGGAGUACUACUGUUUGUGCUA